UAUUGGUGAUGGCGGCCUGUGUAUCAGUGUAGGAUUCUCUGAAUGCCUAUCUCUUGCGUUAAAGCUUUUCUGACUUCUCUGGAUAUAUUUGCACAAUGUGGCUGAAUGUUUUGUGAUUUAUUUUAGAACUGAAAGUGCAAAGUUGCGUAAAAGCUGAUUGUGCUUUAUAUUACCUCAGCGAAGGAACUGCUCUGUUGCAUAUACUUGAUCUCCAAUAUGGCUGCAGAUUGGCUGGGAAAUAUUGUAUCACUAAACUGUGGCAAUACCUUGGGGGUUUAUCAAGGCUGUGUGUCUGCUGUGGAUCAAAUCAAUCAAACAAUAUCCCUUACUCAGCCGUUCCACAAUGGAGUUAAAUGCUUGGUGCCAGAGGUCACUUUCAGGGCUGGCGACAUAUCAGAAUUGAAGAUUCUUGAAAUUCCUUCAGAGAGCCUGCAGUACACAAGGGAUCAGCUAAAUGACCACUCUACAGGCUACCUUCCAACUCGUCAGCAAAAUGGUACAGGCAAGCCAAAGCCAACAGUAGCACAGAGCUCUGCCCAGAACAUUCCUGGCCGGGAGGAAGGAAAGGCCACUGAACCAUCUAGUUCUUCACCGCAACCCUGCUCUAAAAGUUAUAUAGACAGACACGGUGAAGCAGUCAACCAGCCCAAAAACUUUCGCAGAAGACACAAUUCCUGGUCCUCUAGUAUCCGCUAUCCAAACCAGGUAACACCAAAAAAGAGUGGUACAAAAAACGGGCAGCUGAAAGCACGUGAUGACGAAUGCUUUGGAGAUGACUUGGAGGAAAUUCCAGAUGCUGACUUUGACUUUGAGGGCAAUCUUGCUCUGUUUGACAAAGCAGCUGUCUUUGAAGAGAUAGACACCCAUGAAAGGAGAGGUGGAGGAGGAGCACGGUCGCGGGGAACCCCAAAUGAAAGGCCUCCAACUUAUAGGCAUGAUGAGAACAUCCUGGAAUCAGAGCCAAUCGUAUACAGGAAGAUUGUGGUUCCUCAGUCAGGAGGAAAGGAAUAUUGCACAGAUGAGAAAUAUCCAUGUGAGGACUAUCAAAAUGGGUGGUGGUUAGAGAAAAUUAAUAUGGUCACCGAUAAUUCAGGACUUGUGGUACCCAGUAUAUCCUAUGUCUUGCACAAGAAGCUACUGUGUGUGGCUGAGAAACAUGGCCUUUCAGUGGAGAGGAGACUGGAAAUGUCUGGAGUCUGUGCUAGCCAGAUGGCACUUACAUUGCUUGGAGGGCCCAACAGACUGACCCCUAAGAAUGUUCAUCAGCGCCCUACUGUGGCCCUUCUCUGUGGCCCCCACGUGAAAGGAGCGCAGGGCAUCAGCUGUGGCCGGCACUUAGCCAACCAUGAUGUUGACGUUAUCCUAUUCCUGCCUAAUUUUGUAAAAAUGCUGGAGCCAGUUACCAAUGAGCUAAAUCUGUUCUGCCAGACCCAGGGCAAGCAAGUAUCCAGUGUCAAAGAUCUGCCACAAUGUCCUGUAGACUUGGUCAUUAACUGCUUGGAUUGCAAUGAAAACUCCUUCUUGCGUGACCAGCCCUGGUACCGAGCAGCUGUAGACUGGGCCAACCAGAACCGGGCUCCUGUGCUAAAUAUCGACCCUCCUGUGGGCGACCAUGUGCAGGGCAUUGAUGCCAAGUGGUCCCUGGAGCUGGGCUUACCACUGGCUCUAGGGGAACAGGCCGGGCGCAUCUAUUUGUGUGACAUUGGCAUCCCACAGAAGGUUUUUAGGGAGGUGGGUAUUGGCUACCACUCCCCUUUUGGCUGCAAGUUUGUGAUCCCAUUACAUUCCAUUUAGAGAUAGAAUGGACAGUCCUCCUGUGCCAGCUUUACAUUAGAGCUACUUUUCUGAUGCCUUAUCAGGAUGAGUGCAGUUGUCUUAAGAUUUGGUCAGUAAAACCUACAGCACGGCCAGUUUAAUGGUUAUAAGUGCAUCCGAGGGAUCCUGGAAAAUCCGGUUUAUAUUGCCUAAGUCCCUUAUCACCAAAUCUAUCAAUUGACACUUUCUAUGAAGAAUGCAUCUUAACAGCGAUGUAUUGCUCCCUCACUUGUUGCUCCUCCUACAUUUUCACCUGCCCAGCUCCUCCUAAAGUUCCAGCUCUAUAUCAACCUGUUUGCAAAAGAAGCACUUUUUCUUUUUUUAAAUCCUAGUAACAUUGGCAGAAAAAUGUUUUAUGUUGUUAUACCAGUGUUCAUCUGCCAUUAAGUGGUUAAGUCAUUUCAGUGUUGGGAUGUUACAGCUAAAAGCACUCUACUACAUGCGUUACAUGUAAUUAUUUCCUACUCGCCAUGGUCAGACACAAUGUAUUUUCUUUUUACCCGUCUGCAGCUUUCCAACUCUUCCUUCAUCAAUAAGGUUAGUGGUUGGGCGACCAAAGAAGCAACUAAAAGUGUAUGUUUCAUUGCAGCUUUAGGGAGAUGUGUGGGUUGCUUUGGUUUGUUUUAGGGAUGCACCGAACCCUGCUAAUUAGGGUUCCAUUAAAUCCCAAUCCUCUUAUCGCACCCGGAAAUUGACUGGGCAACGUGAUUGAAAUGCAACAGUUUUUGCUUUUGUUGGGGAUCUGAUUGUUUUGCCCAGGCUCUUGGAUUCAGCUACUGAAAACACCUUCGAUUCGGGUGAAUCCCAGAUUUGGUGCAUCCCUAAUCUUUUGCAGAAUUUCUAUAGCAGCCCGAACCUUUUUUUAUUUAUUUAUUUUUAACUUCUAAUGGGAUGAGGAAUCUCAAAAUGCAUAUAUUUGCCUCGGAAAGAGACUCCAAUCUUGUUGUUAGAGAGGCAGCGCUCUUAAAUCUGCUUCUAACACCCUAAUGCUGAGUUGCAUAAAGGAAAAGUUCUAUACAGCAAUAAGCUGUACAUUGUAUGAAGACCCUGACACAGGAGCCCCUUACAUUGGCAUUUUUUUAGUUUUAUUGCAGAAUGUGUUGUCUCUUGAGGCAUGAAGAUAUUCUUCCCUGUAU